AUGGUAGUAAAAGAUUGUGAAAUCCCAGGACCUAAUGAAGGGCCUGAACCCGAAUCUCGAUGGAAGCUCAUGUUCGAUGGUUCCUUCAAUUACAUGGGGCAUGGUGUAGGAUUUUUUUUGUUGAAUCUAAAUGGUGGAUAUAUUCCUUUCAUAGUAAGGUUGUGUUUUGAUAUCACAAACAAUAUAGCAGAAUAUGAGGCGGGCAUCCUAGGCAUUGAAGCAACAAUUGGCCUCCGAAUCAAAAUCCUUGAUAUAUGUGGAGACUUAGCCUUGGUGAUCUACCAAUUCAAAGGCGAAUGGGAAACUCGUGAUACCAAGUUGAUCCCAUAUCGUGCCUAUGUCGUAGAGUUGAUAAAAUACUUUGACGAAAUCACUUUCUGUCAUAUCCCAAGGACUGAGAAUCAAGUAGCUAAUGCUCUGGCUAUUUUGGCUUCAAUAUACCGAGUCAGAUUCCGUAAUGAAGCGCCUCUCAUCCAGAUAGAGCGAAAAGUUGAGCCUGCUUACUGUCAGUUGGUUGAAGAAGAGGGUGAUGGAAAACCUUGGUUUCACGAUAUCAAAUGCUAUUUGCAAAAUCCAGAAUACCCAACAGAUGCAACAACCCCGGGCAAGGAAACUCUGAGGAAAUUAGCAUCAAAGUUCUUCUUGAGAAAUGGUGUGUUAUACAAGAGAAAUCACGACAUGGUUCUACUUAGAUGCAUGGAUAGACACGAAGUAAACCUCUUGAUCAAAGAGAUUCAUGAGGAAUCCUUUAGAACUCAUGCCAAUGGGAAUGCCACGACCAAGAAGAUUUUGAGAGUUGGUUAUUACUAA